GAAGCGAGCCUGUUUAUGUCGUUGACCCUAACACCAUAUCUCAGUCACAUUUACCCUUGAUAUGUAUCUUUUGAGUCAGAAUAAUGUCCUUUCACAGUCAUUUUGGAAGCUGUUCAAGGAAGGGCAAUAGGGGAAUUAUGGGAAUAAUAAGGGGUGGUGCGACCCUCUUGACUUGAACCUGCAAAUUACGAAACACCUUCAGAAUACACAGAAAUGCAAUAAAAUACUUGUAAAUCAGGAUAGAAUUUUUUUCAACAUUGCCUUAUCACACUUUAUUACGGUCUUUUUUUUUUCUAGCAAUACAUUGCCUUACGUUUUAACAACGUGUCUAGGUAUACCCGUUGUUGAGCUCGUUUCUGAAUAGUACUCCCAGUGUCUAGCUGCCAGGCUCACAGGUUUGGUGCCAUCACUCUUUACCAGAUCGGAUCGAACAGCAAGCCAAGAAGUGUUACAAAACUCAUUGGACAGCCAUGUCUGAACACAGACCCUCCUAUACGUAUGAUGAAUACCGUAAGUCCGAAUGGUCUCGCGAUCAAAUAAUCAGUGGCGAGGCGGGCCCAGUGCGCGGGAGGAUACCCGAGGAAAAUGAACCAUCUCUUGCGUCGGGAGAUCAUUAUUCAUAUCCCCUCUCACAAGAUUCCCAAUCUCUUACAUCAAGAAGCCACUAUCCAUCAGUCUAUCCUGGUGGACAAUCCUCAAACGCCAGAGCUCCAGUGGUUUAUACGGCAGACAACUCAAAUAUUGCCCAACCUCAACCACAGACCGGGCAACAGUUCCAGCAUUAUAGUCCACCACCAUUAUCCAUGAAUUCAAGUGUCCUGAAUCCAUCAAUUAUAGAUCCUCAGGAAGUCCAGGGUUAUGGUAGUCUCGCAGCUGCUCAUAACUACGCUCAGGGUCAGAGUGCUACUCGCGACUUUGUUGAAAGUCAACGGGAGUACUCUCCGCCGUCGCGCCUGCCUUCUUCUAUUCACCCCCAAUCUAGAGGCUCGCCGGCAACCUGGGAACAGCUACAGACUGAAAUACCUGGAGCAAAGUACAUUCCCAUGAAAGAAGGUGAAUUGCCCUAUGGAAAGUGGUAUACCUCACCUUGGGACUCAGGAUACAAUCCUGAGUUCCAUAAAACCUAUCCACGUAACAAGGGCCCCGUAGCAGAUCUGUGGAGAGAUACCUGGCAGGGCAAAGAGGGGUGUGAGGAAGAACGGAUAUGUCUCAUGUUCGAUCAUGUAGACUUAUACCGACUAGCAUACAUCACUACAGUUCAUCUGGGAUCAGUCGAAAGACCCGACACAAUAAUUAAAGGUAUGAAAACACCUGAGGGUGGCGAUUUGAUAAAUUGGCUUCGUGACAUAGUGGCAAUACUCAAUGAAGCCGGCAGACCACCGGGUUUUGGGGGAAUCACCCAUAGGCGGCCAGACGCCUUCACUGAGGAGCAAGUGAGGGCCUUGUUUGCUAUCAUGGCCAAUAGAGACAAUAUCAACCGUGGAAAUGCAUUCAAUAUAUUGGAGAGAUGGGUGCUGCUCCCUGGAUGGUCUCCUCGACUAAUUCUUCGCAAUGUGCCAGAAACGAUUGUGAAUCAUUGGAAACACAACUACCAGACCGCCCUAACGGAUGGACCCCUCCGAUGGGACUGGCGAAUCAAGGAGUUCAUCUAUGAAGAGACUGUUAAUAACAAAGGAAAAGCGGUUUGGGCAUUGAAGCUCAAUAAACAAGGCAGUCAAGCUUCAGGGUCGACUUCAAAGGAACAACACCAUUCGCCAUCAGGACCUUCGAGACGACACGAUAAACAUCCUAGAUCUUCGACUUCAAGCUCCACACAUCACCGCUCACAGACCUCAAGUCGAGAUGUAGAAUAUACAGGCAAGGGAAAAAAGCCACGUCAUUGAAUUGAGGACAAAAGAGCUUGAUGCGCUGGUAGCACGGUUUAGAAUGUAUCUAAACAAGGCAUAGAUACUAGAUGGAUAUUAAACGUAGAAGCGCUGGUCGCACUACCACAAGAUAUAGAUAGAAAACCUAGAAACAGAUAGAUAAUACUCAACA